AUGUCAAUAGAGGUAUUAAAUCACCACCACCCGCUUCGACCUGCACCAUGGUUUAGUCAUGGUUUAUGUGGAGGGUGUAAGAAAACUGGCCACAUCUACAAUGGCUACCGCUGCGCUGACUCCGAAUGUCAUGAUUUUUUGUACCACAAAGAAUGCGCUGAGGCAUCUCCAGUGAUUAACCACCCUUCCCACCCGAAACAUCCUCUCCAUUUGGAGAAAUAUUUCGGGAGAAGCAAAUGUCCGAUAUGUGGAAGUGGAACUGGAACAUACCAUUUGAGCAACGUUGGGUAUAGUUGUUCACAGUGUAUUUUCUACAUCGAUUUGGAAUGUUCUAGGAAAUCACAACCGCCUUAUUUUAUUCAAGCUAAGUCCCAUAAGCACACACUCGUCCUCCUUACCAAAAAAAUAGAAUCAGGCCAAUGUGAGGUAUGUAGGAAGACAGUGGUUGGUAAAAACCCUUAUGCUUGUUUUUUGUGCAAGGUGUUCUUCCAUUUGGACUGUGUCCACCUCUCACCAGAGGUAAACCAUCAUUCUCACCCUAACCACCCUCUUGCAUUACUCACAACUGGAGCACCCGAUUACACCGACAACACGUGUAUCCUUUGCGGUCGGGAUUUGGAAGAGGCUCUUCGUCAUUGUUCCAUAUGUAACUUUAGCAUAUGCUUUGAUUGCGCAAAAGAUCCGCCUCCUCCUGCUCUUCUAGAACUCAAGACUCAUGAGCAUCAACUCAUCCUCCUUCCCAGGCAGAUUUCAUUUACUUGUAAUGCAUGCGGGAUGCAAGGUGACAGGAGUCCUUAUUAUUGUACUCAAUGCAACUUCAUGGUCCAUAGAGAUUGUAUCGGUCUACCUCAUGUCAUAAACAUCAACCGUCAUGAUCAUCGCAUCUCACGCACUAACUAUCUUAGUCCUGGAGUUUGGAGUUGUGGAGUUUGUCGUCAAAGUGUUAAUCGGUUUUGUGGGGCUUACUCUUGCUCAGUUUGCUCUAGUUAUGUUGUACAUUCACAGUGUGCUACAAGACAUGAUGUAUGGGAUGGAGUGGAGCUUGAAGGGAUACCUGAAGAAGCAGAAGAUAUUAUGCCAUUCAAAGUGGUGGGUGAUAACUUGAUACGACAUUUCAGUCAUGAACACAAUCUAAGACUUGGCGAGGAGCACAAUACACGUCAUGAUGAAAGAAAGCGAUGUCAAGCUUGUAUUCGCCCUAUCUACCCUGGUCCAGUCUACAGCUGUGAGCGAUGCAAUUUCUUUCUCCAUGAAGUAUGUGCCAAUCUUCAUCUCAAGAAAAGGCUCGUGUUUCACAACAACCCAUUCAAACUUAAAGUUAUGGGAGCUCCCGUGGUUCUUAGUUGUGGCGCUUGUAAAGGAGGCUUCCAUGGGUUCUCGUACCGGUCUCCUAACUUUUUGGAGCUAGAUGUUCGAUGCAGUUUGGUUUCCGAACCGUAUGUCUAUGAGGGGCACUUGCAUCCCUUAUACUUUGGUAACAAAGGAGCUUCAAAAUGUGAGGCAUGUGACGAAGUCAUCGAAGGAAUCGCGUUAUAUUGUGAUGAUUGUAAUUUCGUGUUGGGCUUCUGUUGUGCUGUUUUACCAAAAACAGUAAGGCACAAAUGUGAUGAUCAUCCUCUCUUCCUAUCUUAUGGCGAAAAAGCAAGCGGCAAAUAUUGGUGUGACAUUUGUGAGGAAGAAACAGAUUCAAAGAAAUGGUUCUACACAUGCGCUGAUUGUGGGGUCACUUUGCAUAUUAAGUGUGUGCUCGGAGAUUUCUUAAAUCUCAUGCCGGGAACUAUAUUUGAAGAAAGGCGAUAUAGCAUGAUAGUGGUCGUUAACGAUCGUAGUUUUCGACCAUUCUGCGGCCACUGUAAGAUGCGCUGCAAAUGCACCAUCAUUGUAAAGGUUCGUAGUCCCUUCAAUGUAUUCAUGUGUUCCUAUGACUGCUUAUACACUUAUCUUAUUGAAAAAAAUGCUAUAUUCUAUUCAUAG